UUUAAUCCCACGCAUCUGCUCCACGUGCUGCAUCCACUCCGCGUUUUCCAUCAGUCUCAGCCGAGGCGCUAUCCAGCAUUAUGUGGACAAAACGAUCUCACAGGGCAGAAUAACUGCAGAAAACAGUGUGGAUGGCACGAGAUGCGGGAUGCUCGUGGAUCAACGAUCAGCGUCACAUGACAGCAGGAUAUGAAAUAUGGUUUAUAAUAAGCACUGCGCGUGCUGUGGAUGAAUCCGGCUGGAGAUGAUGUUGCGUGUGGAGGCAUCUCACAUACUUCUGCACAUCCAGGGCAAACACACCCGUUAAGUCCGACUUCUCGAAACCUCUCCUGACAUAAUUUCCAGCCAAGAACAGCUGUGUUAGUCACUGAAGACCUCUUAGAUUUGACUGGCAGAUCUGUCUUGUGAUGAAUGACUGCAGUUUGGGAUCCUUUGCUUUGAGUCUUUGAAGUAUGUAAACCAAUUUCCCAUGUGGAGUUUAUUCAUAAGAACAUAUGAAUACGGAUGAAAGCGCAAAGGAGGACUCUAUGUUCAGAAUGCAUUUUACCGGUCGAAAAUGAUGCGACUCGCUGGAUUCCGAACACCGAAAUCUUUCAUGGCCUUUGUGAUGAGAAGAUGGAAAAUCUUACUGGUGCUGAAUGCUUUAACGGUGGCCGGCUUCAUCACUUUUUGGGGCAAGUGCAAUUUACGCACAACCAAAGUUGUUGGUCAACUGGCAGCAGCUGCUGAUGUGAGAGGACAGAUGCAUCUGAAUGGAUCUGCUCAGGAGACCAGCAUCACUAAUGAUGUGCUCUUAAAAAGACUGGGAUCAUUGGAAGAUGUGGUGUACAGACAACUGAAUGGUUUGUCCAAGUCUCUUGGACUCAUUGAAGGUUUUGGAGGCCGAGGUAGAGGAGGUCUACCAGCAACACUUACGCCAGAGGAAGAAAAGGAGGCCAAAUACCUGAGGGAGAAAUAUGGCUACAAUGCAUUUCUGAGUGACAAAAUCUCUCUGGAUAGAUCUAUUCCAGAUUAUCGCCCCAGCAAAUGCAAAAAGGCCUUUUAUUCCCGUGACCUGCCCCAGAUCUCCAUCAUCUUCAUCUUUGUAAAUGAGGCAAUGUCUGUCAUCCUACGUUCAGUCCAUUCAGCUGUCAACCACACACCAGCUCAUCUCCUAAAGGAAAUCAUCUUGGUGGAUGACAACAGCGAUGACGUACAACUGAAAGGGCCACUGGAGGAGUAUGUCAACAAGCGCUACCCGGGUCUUAUCAAAAUAGUGCGCAAUCAGAAGAGAGAGGGCCUCAUCCGUGCUCGCAUCGAGGGUUGGAAAGCGGCCACUGGGGAGGUGACUGGCUUCUUUGAUGCCCAUGUUGAGUUCACGCCUGCAUGGGCUGAACCAGUUUUGUCUAGAAUCAAGGAGAACCACAAGAGGAUCAUACUGCCCUCCAUAGAUAACAUUAAAGACGAGACGUUUGAGCUGGAACGCUAUGAAAACUCAGGCCACGGCUUUAACUGGGAGCUCUGGUGUAUGUAUAUCAGCCCACCGAAACAGUGGUGGGAUGAAGGAGACACUUCUGCACCUAUCAGGACGCCUGCAAUGAUAGGCUGCUCUUUUGUGGUAAACCGGGAAUACUUUGGGGAGUUGGGCCUACUGGACGCAGGGAUGGACGUGUAUGGAGGCGAAAAUAUAGAGCUGGGAAUCAGGGUUUGGCUGUGUGGGGGAAGCAUGGAGGUUCUGCCUUGUUCCAGAGUGGCCCAUAUUGCUAGAACAAAAAAGCCCUACCACAGUAACAUCGCCUUUCACACUAGACGCAAUGCACUUCGGGUGGCAGAAGUCUGGAUGGACCAAUACAAAUCUAAUGUCUAUUUGGCAUGGAACCUCCCAGUGAAGAACCAUGGCAUUGAUUAUGGAGACAUAUCCCAGAGACUAGCGCUCAGGAAAAGACUCCAGUGCAAAAGCUUUGAGUGGUACCUUGACAAUAUCUAUCCAGAGAUGAGGAGAUACAACAACACUCUCUUUUACGGAGAGAUUCGCAAUACCAAUGUGACCCAUCUGUGUGUGGACCAGGGCGUAAAGGAAAACCACACGGCAGCUCUGCACCCCUGCCAUGGCUGGGGCCCUCAGCUGGGUCGCUAUACUAAGGAGGGAUAUCUUUUCCUGGGUCCUCUGGGAAGCACGGGCGAAGAUACUCGGUGUGUGGUGGACGAUAAAAUCAGCGGCUACCCGCAGCUCCUGAAUUGUGAGAAAGUCUCAAGUGUACGGCAGAAAACUUGGCACUUUGCACAGAAUAAAGCAAUCAUCAACCGAGCUACAGGACGCUGUCUCGAGGUAGUGCCGGCUAAUGUCUACUUCGGCUAUGCUCUGGUCCUGCGCCCCUGCACUGGCCAGAAGUGGACGGUCAAGAAUUUGAUGAAACGAGACUAAUGGUAGUGAGUCAGUGACCUUAGAGAGUUGCUAAUCUCUUUUGGCCUCCAUAACAAGUUUAGGAACUGGAAAAUGGAUCCAGUUUUGUUGAACUCAAGGGGUGCGGUUCAUGUUUGCAUUUUUGCAUUGGGCUUUCGGUCUUACUACAGUCCACAAUUCAAAAGUAAACAAAAAGACACUAGAAGCACCACAUACAGCAGGUUCUCGAGAAUCUCUAGACGUCCUUUCCAAAAUAAAAGGACAGUUUUCUGAGGAUCAUUGGAGCCCGUGAGUUCCUGCAAGAACUGUUAAAAACUCCAACGGUUCCUCCAGUAAUGAAAGGUUUUGAAGCACAUAAACUGUAUGUUGAAGUUCCUUAGGUUUGCAAUAUUUGAUGUUCAACCGUUAGAGCAACCUGACUCAAAUCUUGAAACCAAAAUGACUUUUAAACAUUGUAGAUGAUCAGCUGCUGUACUGCACAUACUCUGUACACCACUGUACUCAUAACGUUAGUCAAUGCAAAUUUAGUGUUUAUUCUGAAAAAAAAAAAAAAACUGGUUCAGGUGUUCAUAGCUUUAUUUAGAGUUAAUAUUGAAUAUCUGUAUUUCUCCUACAUUCUCUAGUUUGAAGUUCCCACUGUUAGCAGCUAUGGAUCUCAGUGCAUUUUCUGUUUAAAUAAGCUGUCUGCUCUGGACAAAUGUUAUUUAUUGCAUUAUUGUUAUUUUCACUAUAGAAUGACAUGAUGAUAUGUGUGCAGUUUUACAGAUUCUAAGGUUAUUGAGCUCUAUCUGCUGUUGAAUGGAUCCUGUAGUAGUCCUACUGUUACUUUAAACCACACUCUAUAGCAACAAGGCCAGCAUGUAGGCGAAAGGAAUAAGGAAAAAUGAUCAUCAGGGAUUGUCGACUGAGUUAUAUAAGAACACACGUUACAUGAGUCAUAAACCGCACAUGUAACUACGGUCUCCUCAGAUGUUGUUGCACCCGUCUUACCGUCUUCCAUUUUGACUAGGACUGAUUUGAAUAAAACAAUGAACA